AUGGGUGUCAUGAGACUCUGCUUCCUGCUCUUCUGCCUCUGCUCAGCGCACGCCUCUUCUGUGAGAAAACUUAACGAUAUUGAAGACUUGAAAAAUGCUGAAUAUGGCAAUUCUCCUCCACAUCAUGGACUCCAGUUAUUGUUCUGGUUUGCACAAAACGUCCUGAAUGUUGAUAAAAGCAACAGUCUUAUCCUUGAUUCAAAUUUUGAUCCUCAUAGAGGAGAUUUUGGAUUCCAUCUGUAUGAAAAUAGAGAGGCUGUUCUCCCCUCAUUGAGCUCUUGGCAGAGUUACUAUUCUGUUGGCAAUCUAAGUUAUCCUGCAGCCAAUGCAUUGCCGUCCUAUGUGCGGAGGUAUUAUAAGAACACCAAUGUGCCCGAAAGAAACAUUGACAGGCUCAUUGUCUCUGUGGAUGAAAACAUGCCAAACAGAAUAUUUAAAGUGUUUAUUACAACACAUAAUCAAGGCAAGAAUGACUUUAAUCCAUCUGAGACCUAUGAAAUUGAUUCUGCACUGAUUUUAGAGAUCAGAUACCCUCUUGAUUGCAAAUUACAUGAAAAAAAAAACAAAAUAUAUUACACUUACAAAAUAUCCCAAUAUACAGAAGACAUGGAAGAUGAUAGAUGCAGCCAGUUUCUGAAACAAAUAGGAUAUAAAAGCAUUGACUGUACAUACAUCAGCCGUCGAAAGAAACGCUCACUCAAUUCCCAAUGUAAUACAUUUGAGGGAAUUAAACUAGUGAUAAAAGCAACUAAACGAGGGUCUGCAAAACUCACAUGGGAGAUACCUGCUGACAUAAUGAAAAAAAACAAAAACGUUGUCGUAUACAUUGAUACUUGGCAAAACUCUCAUUCCAGUGAUAGUAAGAAAAAGUUCACUCUUUAUGACUUAUCUGGGGAUUUAGAGACUUCUGUUUCACUGAAUGCUGGUCUCCAACCCCGACUGCAAUUUUUCAAUUAUUUUGGUAAACCAGUCACUUGGUAUGGACCAGAAUUUGAUGGAACUAACAGAGUGAUUCCCAUCAGAAUAAAGGGGGUUGAUGCUAGUCUGCAGCUCUACACUGAAGACGGAAAAGCCUGCGCUCGACUCUACAUCAAGAAAACCUUCAGCAACUGGAAAGAUGUUCUUUAUUACUCAUGGGUGGGGUUCUACAAAAGUUCACAACAUGAACAUUAUGACUAUUACACCUAUCAGUAUGCUGUGAAGUUUGAAAAAGUUCAAGGUCAUAACACAAAGAAGUAUGGAAUUUAUCAGUACAAGUCAAAUUUGGCCAUUGCUCCUGGAGUGCAAAUCCGCUUACAGAACAGAAAUUAUAACAAUGUUUUAGCACAUACUAGUUCCUGGGAGGAUGAUAAAGAAAUUACAAUAUUACCAUCAAAAAUCUGCAAGUCUAUUCCUGGUCAUAAGCCUGAACUGCCACUACCCUGGUCUGAGCCAGUGUACUUUUAUGGAUCAGAGUUUUAUGAUGCCAACAAAGAGUUCCCUACUGCAAUAUCAAAUUUUGAUGCUAGUCUUCAGCUCUUUACUAAGGAUGGUAAAGCUUAUGCUAAGCUGUACAUCAAAAACACCUUCUGUGAUUGGGAAGAUGCCUUCUACUAUGCAUGGGUUGGGUUUUACAAAAGUUCAGAAGAUGGAAAUGAUGACUAUUACACCUAUCAAUAUGCUGUGAAGUUUGAAAAGGUUGAAGCCAAGAGCACAAAGGAUUAUGAUGUCUACCAGUAUAAAUCAAAAUUGGCCAUUGCUCCUGGAGUUCAAAUCCGCCUCCUGCUGAACAAACAUUUUGACAAAGUUUUAGCAAAAACUAAACCCUGGUAG